GUGACCGUUAGUGAGUUUGAUUUGCCGUACUGCUUAGUGCGGAAGUAUGAGCGUUAGGGCGUAGUCAUGGCGACAGGGUUAAAAGAAACCGGUCCUGAGGCUCUUGUUCUGGAGUACUGGUUAGUAGGGUAGUAUGCAGUGUGUGUGGUGAUGGUUGAGAUGAGAUGGGGUUUUGUGUGUGUGUGUGUGUGUGUGUGUGAGAGAGAGAGAGAGAGAGAGAGAGAGAGAGUGAGUGUGUGUGUGUGUGUGUGAGAGAGAGAGAGAGAGUAAGAGUGAGUGUGUGUGUGUGUGUGUGAGAGAGAGAGAGAGAGAGAGAAAAUGUGUGUGUGUGUGAGAGAGGCGACUGCUAAAGAGCCUUUCCAUUCUUAAUGUAGCAUCUCUCUCUCUCUCUCCUCUCUCUCUCUGUCUCUCUCUCUCUCUCCUCUCUCUCUCUGUCUCUCUCUCUCUCCCCUCUCUCUCUCUCUCUCUCUCCCUCUCUCUCUCCCUCUCCCCCUCUCUCUCCUUCAGCCGGUCACACACUGAACCCAGGCUCCCAGAAGAAAAUCCUCGGAGCUUCACUCCACUUUUACUCUUCCAAACAGGGACAAGCGCGCGCUCACACUUUGGGCGUAGCUGUGAGAGGAAGCAGCGGUCUGAUCCUCGGUUGUUCACUGUACCCGAUAGUGGUUCGAGUUAGCUGUUUCCCAAGAUGAAACCAGACGGGGUCGACUCGGGAGCGGCAGAGCCGAUGGUAGCGCUAGAGGCGGAUCCUGUGAUCCAGGGGCAGCCACUGGGGGAAGGCCAGGAGCAGGCUCCGCCCGCUUCCCAAACGGAAGAGAUGGGGCAAGGGGAACCGCAGACAAUCGAGACGUCCGCGGCCGCCACCAAGCCCAGCAAGGACAAGCCCGCGGACCCGAAAGCAAAGACAAAGGGUGCCACCAAAACAAAGACGUCGGCCGCUGGUGCUCGUCCCAGCACCACUCAGAGCCGCAUGACGAACGGGGUACAGAAGCCGCCGCAAGCCAACGGCGUUGCCAAGAAGACCACCGCCGGUGCGGCUGCCGAGAAGAAGACGACCACCACAGCUUCUAAGAAGCCUGUAGGUACCACGGGGGCAGUGACCACCAAAACCGCCAGCAAGACCACAGAGAAGAAGCCCGUCGGGGCACCAAAGACCACCGGCACGACGCAGCCGGCCAAGAAGACACCUGUCAAUGGGGAAAAAGCCAAACCAAAACCUCUAGCUUCAGCUCCCAGACCUGCCUCUGCUGCUACCGCCAAGCCCAGCACGACUUCCUCUCCCAAAACCGAAAAGCCACCUGUCUCCAAGACAUCCAGGCCUGCCACAGGAACCACAGCUUCUCGCCCAGCAUCUGCUGCACCAAAGUCAGCUUCACCCGCCACACCCAAGACACCAACAACCGCAUCAAAGACCACUCCAUCUGCAGCCAAAACAACCACCUCCACUGCUAAACCAUCACCUGCUAAAACUCCCUCGGCUGGUCGGGCUCCAACCACAUCCACAAAGAGCCCUACACCCAUCAAGAAAGAUGCGAGCAAGCCAGCCACCCCGGCAGCCAAGAAGUCAACUGCCUCCCCGCUCACUCGCCCUGCUUCGACUAAGGCCAGCAAGCCUGACACCCUGAAGGCAGCCACGCCAGCCAAACCGGAGUCGGUUUCCAAGAAACCUUCUGCUCCCUGCAAGCCAGCAGUGGAAGCCAAGACGAGUAAGCCUAAGGAGAGCAAACCAACUCCGUCAAAGGAAAUCAAUGCCGCCCUAAAAACAUCUAACGCUAAGAACAGCACCGCCAAGACAGCCAGCCCUAAGAAAGUAGUGGGAAGCAGCACUCCCAUGCCGGUUAAACGUGGCCCCAAAGCUGCACAUAAAGAGAGUGAGGCCGUAGCUCCUGCUGUUGAGACUGCGGCUGCAGUUGAAGCCGUGGCUGUUGUUGCUGCUGCCACAGCUGCUGGUACAUUGAUCGCGAUGACAGACAAUGAAUCUGAAGUUCACGCUGAACUCCUGCCUGAAUCCAAGCCUGAAGUUGCACCUGAAGUCCAGCUCGAAGUUUCACCUGAACCCAAACUCGAAGUAGCACCUGAACCCAAAUUCGAAGUAGCACCUGAACCCAAACUCGAAGUAGCACCUGAACCCAAGUUCGAAGCUGCACCUGAACCCCAGCUCGAAGAUACACCUGUACCCGCUUCACCACUCCCAUUGGAAACUGAGUCUCAACUUGCAUCUGAAACCAAGUCUGAACAUGUGCCUGAAACUAUAUCUGAAGUCCUACCUGAAACCAAGACUGAAUUUGAACCUGAACCCAAAUCAGAACAUCUGUUGGAAACUGAGUCUGAAUUUACACCUGAAACUAUGUCUGAGCUCCUGCUUGAAACCAAGACUGAAUUUGAACCUGAACCCAAAUCAGAACAUCUGUUGGAAACUGAGUCUGAAUUUACACCUGAAACUAUGUCUGAACUCUUGCUUGAAACCAAGACUGCAGUUGCAUCUGAACCCAGAUCAGACAUCCUGUUGGAAAGUGAGUCUGAAUCUAUGCCUGAAACUAUGGCUGAACCCCUGCUUGAAACCAAGUCUGCAGUUGCGCCUGAACCCAAAUCAGAACUCCCAUUAGAAAGUGAACCUGAAUACAUAUCUGACCACCUGCUUGAAACCAAGUAUGAAUUUGCAUCUGAACCCCAAUUGGAACUUCCAUUGGAAACUGAGUCUGAAUUUACAUCUGAAACUAAGUCUGAAUUCCUGCUUGAAACCAAGUCUGAAUUUCCCUCUGCUCCUGAACCCAAGUCUGAUCUCCUGUUGGAAAAAGAGUCUGAAAUUGCCCCUGAACCCAAGUCUGAUCUCCUGUUGGAAACAGAGUCUGAAAUUGCCCCUGAACCCAAGUCUGAACUACUGUUGCAAACAGAGUCUCAAAUUGCCCCAGAACCCAAGUCUGAACUAAUUUCCCCUGAACCUGAGUCCCAACUCCUGUUUGAAGCAGAGUCUGAAAUUGCCCCUGAACCUGAGUCCCAACUCCUGUUUGAAGCAGAGUCUGAAAUUGCCCCUGAACCUGUGUCCCAACUCCUGUUUGAAGCAGAGUCUGAAAUUGCCCCUGAACCUGAGUCCCAACUCCUGUUUGAAGCAGAGUCUGAACUUGCCCCCGAACCUGGGUCCCAACUCCUGUUUGAAGCAGAGUCUGAAAUUGCCCCUGAACCUGAGUCCCAACUCCUGUUUGAAACUAAGCCUGAACCUCUGCCUGAAUCAGUCUCAGAACCCACAGUUGAAUCUUUGAUUACUGCUGCAGUUGCGGACAUUGCAGCAGAGACUGAGGAUGUUCCAUCAGAUACAGAUGAUGAAACACCUGAAGAGGUGGUGCCACAGCUGGCAGCUCAUCUGAAUCUAGUCAGUCUUGAGCACCCAAGUGCUCCUUCAACACUUGGAACAACAGUCAUGUCCCCACCAUCCUCGCCUACUGAAGAGUCUCCUGUGCAUGUCGAACCUCAGGUCUCAACUCCACUACAAGAUAUGUAUUCUGCCAAUAAUGCCUGGGCACAGAAUCAGCCCAUGUUCUCAAGUGAUAUUACCACAGAGAAUCCGGAGCAAGAAGAGAUCAGGGUUCAAGAGGCUCUCCUGACCACUAUGGAGUUUGCAGCAGAGGAGGCAGUGGAUGUUGGGAAACCUUUCAGUCUUGGAGUGGAGCCUGACCUGUUGAGUAUAUCCCAUGUGGAGCAUUUCAGCAGUGUGUCACCUACCUCACCUAGUAUGGAGAAGGAGGAGGCAGUAGAAAAGGCAGAGGAAGAAAUCAAUGAAGAUGAUCAUGAGGAGGAGGAGGAGGAGGAGGAAGAAGAAGAGGAAGAGCAGGAGAGGGAGACUGUAAAGGUUGAAGCAGUGCCUGAAACACAGAAAAUGGACGAUUUUAAGUUUGGAUUAUCAGAAUUUAGCAGCUCCAGUAGCGGUGUAAUGCAGUCUGAUGAUUUUGGCAGGAUCAUACAGCAGGAGCAAGCAGAAACAACUUCACCCUUCCAAAUGGAGAGUCAUCACAGUGAUGAAGAUGAAGAGGGCUUCUCGCUGAAAAAAGUGGAAAUGGAACAGCCAUUUAUGGGCCCACCUGGGCUCAAAUCUUUUUCCGAUGAAGAGGAAGAGGAGGAAGAAGAGGAGGAAGAGGACCAGGAAAAGGAGGACAUGGACACUGGUCCAGAGCAUAUUGAGAAGCACCACAUGGACUUUGGCCAUGAGCAAGCUGGUGAUCACCGCAUGGAUGUUCACCUCAAAUCUGAAGAAGACGAUGAGCAUGAGGAUGAAGACAUUGAGAUGGUUAGCGAAGGCCAGGCGGAGAGUGGAAGCAAGAUUGACGGAAAUGUUGAUGUGGAUGACUAUAAGGAAGGAUAUCUAGACAAUUUAAACCGCACUGCUCCAACUCCCUCAAUACCCAUGACUGCAGCCUGGGGCCCAUCUAACCCCUUUGCGGACACUUGGGCUCAGCCAACCUCCAUCAACAUAACAUCCAGUCCUUUAGACAUUAAGGCAGCUGAUCCUGAGAUGCCCACAAAAUCCCCUGCUGAAGCCUGGCUGGAGGAGCCUCUAGGUCAUUUGACCAAACCACACCUUGAUGUACGUGAAGAGACUGAGAGCUCAGUCCCAGUGGAUGGCGCUAACCUGUGUGCACCUGCAAUUGGUAUGUCCCAGUCAAGCACCCUUAGUGGAACGGCCCUGGUAGCUCACAGCAGCAGUGAGACCAGCACACCUGAAGAGCUGCGGGACUACGACAGCAGUUCAGGUGUCGAGUCCCGCUCGGACAAGCAACAGACACCUGUCCCGAUAGCCCAGCCUGACCAGGAACAGGACCUCGGGAUUCACCUGGAGCGUGGGGAUGGAGAGGAAGAGGAGGCAGAGACACUCCCAGCAGAUGAGGUCCUGGGCGAUGCUCCAACUGCACCAGCGUCUGUUCCAUCAUCCCGUUCUACUUCUGGGGAUGAGGCAAGUGAUACUGAAGGAGAGAUGCAAAUCAAUGACCCUGAUGCUCCAGUUGACGACACUGCAGCCUUAGACAGUCCUACUGCCUCCCGAAACCUCCCUGCCUUGGAGGAAGAUGAGGAGGCCGCCGACAUUCAAGCUGGAGAGGAAGAUGGUGGGACCCCACAGUCCGCCAACUCUGUAGCCUCCUAUGGGUUUGACUGCUCAGUAUCCAACUCCAAUGCCCAUUCUACUGCCGAGAGCUGUGGUAAGAGCCCUGGGAUUUUUUCCCUGGAGAACGAAGACCAGUUUCCAGAUGAGGCUAAGGAUCCCUCGCUCAUUAAGGAGCUGACCUUGCCUGCUGCGGCCGCUCAAGCCGAAGACCUACUGGGUUGUCCUGUCGACCUGCUCCCACUCGGCCAGCAAGGGGAGUCACACGCCAGUCCCGAUGACCAAUACCUGCUGUGCGGGAAGACAGGGGCCAGCGCUCUCGAGGAGUCCGACCCCGAGUCUCCCAUGCACCUGUCUCCCCAGCACGGGGACAGCACCGAUGCCCAGCCACCUUACUACUCUACCAUAUGUGAUAACACUGAUAGCUUUCUGGCAGGUAACGUAUAAAGUCCCCUAGCGGAAUGCACCUUUUCCCCACACCCUUCCCAAAACAGCACCCUCUCUUCCUUUUUGUCGUUUGUUUUCUUACCAGUCCAGGCAAU